AUGGCUGCCGUGCAAGAUGCUCGACCAAUUCGAAUCCUGAUCAUCAAUCCCAAUACCUCCUCUCAUAUGACAGAUGGCCUAAAGCCCAUCCUGGCGCGCCUGAAUUACGUCGAUGUACAGUUCGAAUACUUUACAGCACCCAACCACCCCGUCACAGUUGGGGGACAUACCUACGAACCAAUCGACAGCAUCGAUAGUGGGGAAGAGUCGGCCCGAUCAGCAUAUAACUGCUGGUCAGUUCUAGACUUGGUUCCACAGUAUGAUGCGUUCUUGGUUGCGUGCUACUCGGCACACCCGCUCGUGGGCGUAUUGCGACAGCGUAUUAGGGAAUUAGAAGAAGCCGAUCCCUCUGUCGGCAAGAAAUAUGUGACUGGUAUUUUCGAGGCUAGCAUCACGGCGUCACUUUCGUUGAUCAGCGCUUUCAACUUCGAGACCAUUGGCAGCCUGAAGAAAAAGGAAGUCGAUGAAUCAUUCGGCAUUGUGUCGACGGGCAGUGCCUGGAAAGAUGAGCUCAACAAAGCUGUCACAGCUAUGCUUGGCACUCAGGGCUCUACCCGGUUUGCAGGCGUUCAGACCACUGGGUUGACAGCUGGGCAGCUCCAUACAACAGAUCCACGGGAAGUCAAGCAAAAAAUAUGCGAGGCCACUCAGCGGUUGCUUCAAGAUUCUUCGGUCCCAGUAGGAGCCAUUUGCAUGGGUUGUGCGGGAAUGGCAGGUAUGGAGGAAGCUGUUCGUGCAGGUUGCAUCCAAACCUACGGAGAAAUCAAGGGCCGAAAAGUCAGGAUUGUGGACGGCGUUGUCUCAGGAGCUGGGACUUUGGUGACAGCUUGCCGCACAAUAAUUAUUUCCCGCGAUAACGCGGUACGCGUGCCCCAAUCGAUCUCUCCUUCAUCUUCGACGGUGUGGACGACGAUGCCUCGGGAAAUCAUCACCAUCCAAGCCGGCCAGUGCGGCAACAACGUUGGUGCUCAAUUCUGGCAGCAGCUAUGCCAGGAGCACGGAAUUAGCCAAGAUGGUAACCUCGAGGACUUCGCGAGCGAGGGCGGGGAUCGCAAGGACGUUUUCUUCUACCAGAGUGACGACACCCGUUAUAUUCCCCGGGCUAUUCUCCUCGACUUAGAACCACGUGUGCUGAAUAACAUCCAGUCGGGCCCCUAUCGCAAUAUUUACAACCCCGAGAAUUUCUUUAUCGGACAGCAAGGUGUUGGCGCAGGAAACAACUGGGGUGCUGGUUAUGCAGCAGGCGAGGGCGUGCAAGAGGAGAUCUUCGAUAUGAUUGAUCGAGAAGCGGACGGAAGUGACUCGCUCGAGGGUUUCAUGUUACUACAUUCGAUUGCUGGAGGGACAGGAUCAGGCCUGGGAAGUUUCAUUCUGGAACGCAUGAACGACCGCUUCCCCAAGAAGCUCAUUCAGACAUAUUCUGUUUUCCCAGAUACACAAUCGGUGGACGUGGUUGUCAAUCCUUACAACAGCUUGCUAUCUAUGCGCCGAUUGACUCAGGAUGCCGAUUCGGUCGUCGUGCUUGAUAACGGUGCUUUGUCAAGGAUCGUGGCUGACCGACUUCAUGUACAAGAGCCUUCGUUCCAGCAAACCAACCAGCUUGUAUCAACCGUCAUGUCAGCAUCGACCACAACGCUCAGAUACCCUGGAUACAUGCACAAUGACCUUGCUGGCAUCAUUGCCUCCCUGAUCCCUACGCCCCGCAGCCAUUUCCUCCUCACGUCUUACACCCCUUUUACUGGUGACAACAUUGACCAAGCCCGGACUGUACGCAAGACGACCGUCCUUGAUGUUAUGCGUCGCCUUUUACAGCCAAAGAACCGGAUGGUCUCGAUCAACCCCAGCAAAUCCAGCUGCUACAUCAGCAUCCUGAACAUCAUCCAGGGUGAAGCAGAUCCUACCGACGUCCAUAAGUCCCUCUUGCGGAUUCGGGAACGCCGACUCGCAUCGUUUAUCCCAUGGGGUCCUGCUAGUAUCCAAGUGGCACUCACGAAGAAAUCGCCUUAUCUGCAACAUACCAACCGCGUUAGCGGUUUGAUGCUUGCGAACCAUACGUCCGUGGCAACGCUCUUCAAGCGUAUCAUCCAGCAAUACGACCGUCUGCGCAAGCGCAACGCUUUCUUGGAACAAUACAAAAAGGAAGCGCCCUUCUCUGACGGCCUGGGCGAGUUCGACGAAGCUCGUGCAGUCGUCAUGGAUCUUGUGGCGGAGUACGAAGCGGCUGAGCGCGAAGACUAUCUUGAUCCUGAUGCAGGCAAGGACCAACUUGGAGCGUAA